GAGCCCUCUACAGGGACGUCAUGCAGGAGAACUACGAGUCUGUGGCUUCGCUGGGAUUCUCCAUUCCCAAACCUGACCUGAUCGCCCGGCUGGAACAAGGGGAAGAGCCGUGGGUCCCAGAUCUCCAGCCUGCCAAAGAAAUGGGGAUCCUGAGAGUCACCUGCACAGCAGGUGAUGGGAUGCUGAAUGAGAAUAAUGAGAGUCUUCAGUGGGCAGGACUGGAGCAAGUUGCUCCACAUGAGAUGUUACUGGGAAGAUCUGAAGGACAUGUGACCCAGAGUCCUGAGCAGAGAGAGAUCCUUGAGAGUUAUCUUAGCUCAGAAAAGCAGCAGGAAAAUCAUGCAGUGGAGCGAAGAGGUAAAUGCAGUCACAGGAGCAGAGGUGUGAAAAGAAACAAAGAAACUGUUCAACAGAAAGUCCCCCAUCAAGAGGGACCCUAUGCUUGCAGUGAUUGUGAGAAAAGUUUCCAAUGUCAACAGGUCCUCAUUUUACACCAGAAGAUCCACAGAGGCAAGAAACCUUUCAACUUCUCUGACUGUAGGAAUUACUUCAAUCAGAACCCUGAGCUUAUUAUCCAUCAGGGAAUACAUCCAACUGAGCGAAUCUGUGAGUGCCCUGACUGUGGGAAAACAUUACAUUGCCAAUUAGGUGGCACUGAACACCAGAGAAACCAGAGGUCAGAGAAACUGUUGAAGAAUUCUGACUGUAGGAAAAGCUUCAGUCAGUGGUCACGCCUUGUUGGACAUAAGAGAAACCAUAUGGGAGAGAAACCCUUCAGCUGCUCUCACUGUGGGAAAAGCUUCAGUCAGAACACAACCCUGAUUAAUCAUCAGAGAAUCCACACAGGAGAGAAACCCUUCAAGUGCUCUGAGUGUGGGAAAAGCUUCAAUCAGAAUGCAAACCUGAUUAAUCAUCAGAGAAUCCACACAGGGGAGAAACCCUUCAGCUGCUCUCACUGUGAGAAAAGCUUCAGUCAGAAGGCACGCCUGAUUGAGCAUCAGAGAACCCACACAGGGGAGAAACCCUUCAAGUGCUCUGAGUGUGGGAAAAGCUUCAGUCAGAAUACAACCCUGAAAAAUCAUCAGAGAAUCCACACAGGGGAGAAACCCUUCAGCUGCUCUCACUGUGAGAAAAGCUUCAGUCAGAAGGCACGCCUGAUUGAGCAUCAGAGAACCCACACAGGGGAGAAACCCUUCAGCUGCUCUCACUGUGGGAAAAGCUUCAGUCAGAACACAAACCUGAUUAAACAUCAGAGAAUCCACACGGGGGAGAAACCCUUCAGCUGCUCUCACUGUGGGAAAAGCUUCAGUCAUAAUGCAAGCCUGACUGAGCAUCAAAUAAUCCACAUAAGGGAGAAACUCUUCAGCUGCUCUCACUGUGGGAAAAGCUUCACUAAUAACUCAAGCCUGAUUAAACAUCAGAGAAUCCACACAGGGGAGAAACCCUUCAACUGCUCUGUGUGUGGGGAAAACUUCAGUCGGAAGGCAAACCUGAUUUAUCAUCAGAGAAUCCACACAGGGGAGAAACCCUUUAGCUGCUCUCUCUGUGGGAAAAGAUUCUGUCAGAAGGCAUACCUGAUUAAUCAUCAGAGAAUCCACACAGGGGAGAAACCCUUCAAGUGCUCUGAGUGUGGGAAAAGCUUCAGUCAUAACAGAAGCCUGAUUAAACAUCAGAGAAUCCACACAGGGGAGAAAACCUUCAGCUGCUCUCACUGUGGGAAAAUCUUCAGUCAUAACUCUAGCCUGAUUGAGCAUCAGAGAACCCACACAGGGGAGAAACCCUUCAGCUGCUCUCACUGUGGGAAAAGCUUCACUCAGAAGGCAAGCCUGAAUAGGCACCAGAGAAUCCACAUGGGCGAGAAACCCUUCAGCUGGUCUCACUUUGGGAAAAGCUUCAUUCAGAACUCAAGCCUGAUUGAGCAUCAGAGAACCCACACAGAAAAUCAGAAGAACUGAACAGCUACAGCCCUGACUUGAAAUUGGACCUAGAUCGACUGCCUAUAAGACACCCUGCUAAUUGUUACACUGUCAAUGGUUUUAUAUUGAAAUUGUCUCUAGCAAUAAAAAUAGCCUAAAACCAGUUAUACUAGUACAUCUUGGGAACCAAUUACAUGGAACAAAUUAAGAAAUGGAGUAAUGAGAUACUGUACCACUGAGUAAUUAUAAAGCACAGUAUUGGAAUACUGUAUCAAUAAUUAACAGUAGCCAAUGCACAAAAUGACAGUCACUCAGAAUUUCAGAUGACAGAGGAGGUCAUUGUGCUUGAUUAACAAGGUAAAAGCAGUCACAGUAAUUGAAGACAAUGAAUAUAAUUAUCUGAAGAAGUGGGCCUAUGGGUGUCCAGUAGCUGAGGCAUAGGGAGACUUUGCCUUUCCAAACCACCGGGCAUGGCCAUGUCUGCUCCCAUCACCAAUACCCAUCCUCAUGCUCAGGGCUUGACAAACAGCGGCGAAAUCUACUCCCCAGCCCUGAACAGCGCAUGCGUGUGCCACCGAUAAACAGGGCAACUGGUGGAAAUCUACUUGCCACAGGCAAGUAGAAACAGCAAUUUGUCGAGCCCUGCUCAUGCUGCUCUGGGUUGGAGAGUCAGGCCACAUGGUCUCCUCCCCUCCUUGGUAUUUCAGGAGUGAUGCCACACAGCCUCCUUCCCUCCCUCAGGUUCUGGGGAGGCAGGGGAGCUGUGCUAUGUGCUUGUGCUCCCUCUCUUCCCUUGUCUUCCCUUGUUGCUCCAAGGAGGUGAUGCAU